UUCUUUCAUCUUCACAUAUCUCAAUUAUUAUAGCACUCUUCAACACUCAACUUUUUCGUCCAAUAAUAUAUAUAUUUUUUCACUAAACAAACGUCUUCCAUGGCUAAAGCCGGCCCUCGCGGCUGCUGCUGCUGCUUUCUAAGCUGGUUUUUCGGGAUCAUCGUCUCCGUCGUCGUCCUCAUCGGCGUCGCCGUCGGCCUCUUCUUCAUCAUCGUCAACCCUCAGAAGAUGAAGGUCCAAAUAAACGACGCGCGGAUUUACAAGUUCAACUUCACGGAAGCAAACCAAACACAUUUCCUCCAUUACGACCUCGAGUUCAACGUCACCCUCCGCAACCCCAACAGGAUCAUGGGCUUCUUCUACGAGAAUUUCGCCGUCGGGGCUUAUUACCAAACCGACGAAAAUGUCAUGAGAAACUAUGUUGAUUCUGCUUUUAUAUUGAAACUUUACCAAGGAAAGAAGAACACCACCGUUAUGCGGCACAGAUUGAAGGGAACAAGAGAGGUGUAUUUGCUUGAUUCCGGCGAGCGUUCGAAGUUCGUGGAACGGUUUGAGAAGGAGAAGAAAUCUGGGAUUUUCUCUAUUGAUUGGAAGGUGGAGUUUAGGAGUAGAGUUAAACUUAGUGCGAUAAAGAUUGGGAUUUUCCGGCCAAAGCUUCGUUGUGGCUCGUCACAAGUUCCACUUGUGAAUGGACAGAAAAGGGUCAAUGUUACUUCUAAUGACGUUGCCAAGUGUCGUGUCAAGUUCAAGGCCACCUAUUACGAUCCUUCUGCAGCUUAGUGCCUUUUUUUUUUCUUCUUUUUUUUUUUUUUUUGGUGAUGUG